AUGGAGAUGGGCAAAGAUUUUGAAGCACUCAUUGGAAAGAUCGAAAAGGAGCUGUACAACGAAAGCAAUGUUCAGGCAAUCGUUCUGUGUGGAGAAGGCGACAAGGCGUUCUCAGCUGGUGGGAAUCUGGAAUGGCUGCAUUCUCUGUCCGAAAACUCUGUUCACCAGAAUGUUGACACCAUGGUUCAAUUCUACAGUAGCUUCAUCUGUAUGCGACAAAAGCUACCAGUUCCAGUAAUAGCGGCACUACAAGGUCCCGCAAUGGGAGCAGGUGCCUGCUUGGCCUUGUCCUGCGACCUUCGCGUAGCGGCAUCUGGAGGGACACCAGUUCUUGGCUUUCCAUUCACCAAACUAGGGAUUCCGAGUGGGUUGGGUGGUAUGUACAUGCUGCAACAAGCAGGAAUUUCAUCGACCAUUGCCACUGAGAUUCUGCUACUGGGCAAGACGUUGACGGGAGAAGAUGCUCACGAGCUGGGACUUGUGAAUCGACUCGUAUCCGCGGAUCAAGUCAAGGACGAGGCACAUUCCCUGGCCGAACAAAUCGCCAAGAUGCAUCCUGUGGCAGUCCGUUCCAUGAUUCGAAACUUUCGACAUGGAAAGGAUCAUGGACUUGUGGAUGCAUUGUACCGAGACGCACAUGCUCAGGCAGUUUGUUACAACCGCCAAGAUUGGGGAGUCGGACUAAAUGCAGUAGCAGCAAAAGAAGAAGCAAACUUUGAUCCCUACCAUUCAAAAUAG